GACGGCGGGGACGACAUCGACGACGAAGCUAGGCUAUAGCGAAGGCCGAAGAUCGCCGAGCGCACGGUGCUACGUGGAGUCUCAGGCUGGUCUAGCUAACACAGUGUUCUAAAAGUAUUUACCCCACACGAAUCACAAACGUAAAGUACAACGGAAAACCGUCGUAAUCCGUGAUAUCGGAGCACUGGGGGCUCCAUAGUAACGAACCUGAUACAGAAGUACCAAAAGAGUAGUAGUACCGUAAACAAAAAUACUACGGAGAAGGGGCCUAUCUCAUCAAAAUACGUGGACGUGAUAUUGCGACGAGUUGAGUAAGAAUGAGAGGCAAUAUCUAUUUUGUGAUUGAACACUAACAAUUAUUCUUUUUUCUAAAUUAAGUGUGCUCGCGAAAGGCUUUUAACGUAUGAGGCUCACGGGGUGGAUUAGGGGUAGUAAUUGGUGGUAGUGGUGCUGAAAUAGUUUUGUCAUACUCGGUCAAAUGGACGUCAGUAUCAGAUUUUUAGAAUGUCUUAUGUUUUUUGAUCGUAAUAUUACAUAAAAUGUGGUGCGCACGAGGUUGAGCCGCAGAAGUGUUCUUACAUCGGUAUUAGUUGUGCAAGUGCAUCGACAGAGUAGGAAGUGUCGUAGGUAUAGUAGUAGAUUGAUUGUGUUGGGUCGGCAGGUCUUAUUCCGUGUGCGAUUGAUUCAACGUUGACUCAGUUUAGCAGGGGAUCUGUGCAAAAAUCGUUGAAUUUACUAAAGGUGGAGUACGUAAAAAAAUCCGACGUGAGAAUAGUGUUUCACGGUUGUAAAAUAAUGUAUUAUUUAUAAUUUGAUAGAGUGAUAGUAAAAAUAACGUUGAAAAUUGUUUUAAUACGUCAAGAGAAAAAAAAAAAAAUAAAACGCCAUGUACCGGAGUGUCGGAGUUUAUUGCUUCGAAUUAUUUCGAAGCAUAUCUUGUGUGGUGUAACAUCUAUUUAAAAGUGUUUGGCAUUCGUGUAAGUGCAAUUUUUAAGAGGAAGAACGACGAAAAAGAAGGGAAUUAAAAAAAAGGACCAGGAGUUUUCCAGGUUAACGUGCGUGUCUAGAUGAGCGUACGAUCGAUUGGGAGCUCGUAUGCUCAUAGUUGAGGACACAGACGACGCCCGGGUUUCGCUUCUCAAAAAAACUAAAUUAUAUUUGAACUACAAAAAUUUAGUAACUGAAGUUAACUUAACUGAGCGAAGAGAUCGUUAAGACUUAAUAAAAUCUUAAUAAAGUUGAAUUGCAAGUAUAUGGGGGAUUUUGGGGGUGCAAGUCUUUUCUCGAGUACCCCUGCAACUGGGUGCAGACAAACGAGCACGUCGUCAACGGUAUCGCUGCUAAGCAACCAAGUAGGAACUAUGCAAGACGAUCUUUUAAUUGAAAAACAGAGCAGCGCUAAAACAGCGCCUCUUUCACCAGGGCUGGAUCCACCCGGUGAUAAGUCUAAGGAUGUGUCUGAGGCUGAGAGCAUCGCUAUUGCUCCAUCUACACCGUCAUCUAUGGACAAAGAUAUUACUUCAUGUGGUACAACCUCAAAUCUCCAAGGAUUCACAGAUCCAGUUAGAGUACCUAGUUUAUGGGCGAAUACAUCUGAAGACACAGGAAUUCAUGCAUUACCAGUUAAUGGUUCGAUCGCAACGUUCCAAAACUUUCCAGCUGGUGGACCUGGUUUAUUUGCAGGCUCAGGAUCACGUCGUGCUAUUACCGCAAGUCACAAUUUUCCUCAGCAUGGCAAUGCAAGCUCUGCUGUGGCAAAUAGGCAUAGUCUCCAAGUUGGUAAUCAACAACAGCAGCAGACUCAACAGCAAGCUCAACAAACUAGUCAACAGCCACCUACCUCACAUCCAGGAGUUUACCUUCACGGUAAAGGAUACGCCGCAUGGUCAGGUGGCCCUCAAGGACCUCAACAAUGGGGUGGAGGACCACAAGCUACAGCUAGCUCAGCGCUGUCACCCUGGAGCCGAGGAAGAUCAGUACCAAAUCUCCCACCACUGCAUUCAUCACUACAUGCUGCAGCAGCGGUAGCUGCGGCUGCUGGUUUACAAGGCAGAAAACCAAGUCCAACGUUUCCUGGGCAUCCAGGACCCAAUCAAGUUCACCCGACAAAUAUCAGUCCUGUUAAAUUCCGUCGUAGCACAUCUUAUCCUGGUAAAGGUAAUCUUUAUCCUCCUCAACCAGCGCCAACAUUUGAAGUUACAACUGCUGAAGAACGAGAUUUACUUCAAUUACCGUUUCAGCAGGAUCGUAUGACGGCAAAUGGCAACUCACCGUUGGAUAAUAUGAGAACAUUGGAGCAUUACUUGAGUGAUAUAAUGCGAGCAGGGGCAGCAGAUACUCCAGAACAUUUGAAAGGAUUUAUCAACUGUAAUGCCAAUACACUUCAGUCACUCGCCCAAUUACACGGUAAGUCUCCAUUUUUUCCUGGUCUUGAAGACCAAAGUGGAACUUUACUAGAAGAUCCAACCGCAGGGCAGCUAGAUGGUGUUGGUGUCGGAGUUGGUGUAGGCGUGAACAUGAAUCCGACACAAGCAGCACCACUUUCAUCACCAAGUCGUAGCAGUCCUCAUAGUCAGAGCAGUGAAACUGGUGAACGUUUCUCAAGGAAAGUCUUCGUUGGUGGUUUACCACCUGACAUUGAUGAAGAUGAAAUAACCGCGAGUUUCCGUCGAUUUGGACAACUAGUUGUCGAUUGGCCGCACAAAGCAGAAAGCAAGUCAUACUUUCCCCCAAAAGGUUACGCUUUCCUUCUAUUUCAGGACGAAAGCUCAGUGCAGCAAUUGAUUGACGCUUGUAUCCAAGACGAUGAUAAACUGUAUCUCUGUGUCAGUUCACCGACAAUUAAGGAUAAGCCCGUACAAAUACGCCCUUGGCGUUUAAGCGACGCAGAUUUUGUUCUUGACGCUUCAAUGACACUAGAUCCACGUAAAACUGUUUUUGUGGGUGGUGUACCAAGACCUUUGAAAGCCGUUGAAUUGGCAAUGAUCAUGGAUCGGCUUUAUGGUGGCGUAUGUUAUGCAGGAAUUGAUACCGACCCGGAGCUAAAGUAUCCUAAAGGUGCUGGACGAGUUGCUUUUAGUAAUCAGCAAAGUUAUAUCAGUGCUAUUUCAGCUCGGUUUGUUCAAUUACAACAUGGUGAUAUCGAUAAAAGGGUUGAAGUCAAACCGUAUGUUUUGGAUGAUCAAAUGUGUGAUGAGUGUCAGGGCCAACGAUGUGGUGGUAAAUUUGCACCAUUUUUCUGUGCCAAUGUCACCUGUCUUCAGUACUAUUGUGAACAUUGUUGGGCAACUAUUCAUUCAAGACCAGGACGUGAAUUUCACAAACCGCUUGUUAAAGAAGGCGCUGAUAGACCACGUGCAGUGCCGUUCCGCUGGUGUUAACCCCCAACUGCGUUUUAUAACUAUAUCGUGGUCUUAGCUAAUUAACUAUCAUUUCUACAAUCCUCUUAUACCUUUAUCAAUUUCUACGAUUACUUUAUUACUCUCUUAUUACUAUUCUUAAUAAUAUUACAAUAACUAUUGAUAAUAUAUUAAUCGUCACGACUUAUUGUUAAUCCACAUAGUUUAUCAAAACUUAAUGAUUAUUACUGAUGAUCAGUAAACUAUUGAUCACUUUUUAAUACACAAUCAGCAACUUUGCGAAAUUUACGUUAAGUUCAGCUUGUUAUCAAGAAUUUUAUAUUGAUCUCAAUGGACUUAAGCAUACAAAAGAUAUAGCUAUAAUAUUAUUCAUUGAAUACACAAAUCAAAAAAUUUAACUAAGAAAUUAAAAACAAUCUUAUAAGCAUCAUGGAUGUUUGAUAAUAUAGAUGCUUCAAAGCUAUAUAUUAUAGACUAUUCAUUGCUAAGUAAGAUCGAACGUAUUGUGCAGGUAAAAGAUAAAACAAACUAAAAAAAAGUAAUUAAUAGAAAGUGAAUUUGUUUCUCCUUUGUUAACAAGAAUAAGAAAUUUUUCUUUUCUUAUUCUCAAUUGAGCUAUGUAUAGGAUUGCCUUUUUUUUCGGGGUAAAUGGAGUGGAAAAAAUUCGCACGUCCAAAUCUUUUCAUUGAAUCCUGUAGCAUAUAUAUUUAUAUUUAAUUAUCUUGGAUGAAAAAAAAUUAUUCAAUUAUUAUGGUCAAGAUUAAAUGCAUACUCGUGAUUACACCCUGACACAACAUCAAAUACAACACAAAUAAUAAUCAUACAUAUGAGUAAAAGAAAAAAAUAUUUAGCAAAAAAAAUCCAAUCAACUAUAUAUAUAUAUAUAAAUAUAUAUAUAUGUGUAUCUUGUUUGUAUAUAUGUUCUCAAUGUCGUAUAUAGCAAUUAAAUUGCUCAUAUGAGUAAAAUCCUUGCGACUCGCGAGUUAUUAAUAAAUUAAUCUUCUAUCUCUAUUUACGCUGCAUGAAAAAAAAAUAAAAAUUUCUUUGCAGCUCGUAUUUAUAAGUAGUCAAAAAUUUAAAUAAUUAUCAGAAAUUUUUUUAAAUCGAACGUGAUAAUUGUCCACGAGAAAAAAUUUUUUUAAUCAUAUUAAAAAAAAAUUAUUAUAAAUCCAAAAUCGCUCAUACGAUAAUUAGCCGUAUUUUAACAAAAAAAAAAAUUAUUAAAUCUAUUCAAAAGACAUUGAAUAAUUAAAUUUGAAAUAAAAAAAAAAUUCAAUGCAAUUAGAUGAAUUAAUAUUAAUUAAAUUUCCAAUAAAUUAUUAUUUUAUUGUUAAAACGAAAAAAUUAUUAACAAAAGGUAUGUGAAUAGUUAAUGAGCGUUAGGUAGAGCAAUUUUACUGCAAGUCUGUGGCUAAUUUUUUUCACAGACAAUUUUUAGAUAAUUAUAACCAAAAAAAAAUAAAGUUAAAUAAACUAUGUAAUAAUAAUGAUUCUUAAAAAAAAAAUUAUUAGGAUAUUAUUAUAUUUUAAGACUAGAACAUUUGGAAACAUAAUUCGCGAAUAUGAAUUGUAAUUAUACUAAUCUAUAUCAGAACGCAUUUAUCGCGUAAAUUUAUCUGCGAAAAAUUUAAAUAAACAAAAAUUAUUCGAUAUUAACUCCAGUGAUUACAGUUAACAAAGAAACAUAGAAUUAUUCUCAUUAAAUGAAACUUCAUAUUUUUGCCCAUGUAGCUUUAGCAAUAAAUAUAAUCUUGCAGUCAAUCUCUUUGCGUGUUAUAUAUCGUGACGUAUAUAAAUAAAAUUAAGUUGAAUAAAAAAAUAUAAAUAAUGAAAAUACGCCAGUCGUUUGCCAUCUUCUAAUUCUAAGUGAAUGUCUACACAUACCUAUAUAUAUAUGUAUAUAUAUAUAAAUAAUAAAGGUAACAAUUAAUUAUCGGACAAAAGUUUGAAAAACCAAAUUGACUACUAAAAUUACAAUUACAAAGAACUCUUGCAUCGACAAUCUGCAAAUCUUAAAAAAGACAUGGAAGUAGUUGCAAACGUCUGGUAAAUUGUUUUUACAUCCACGAAACCUAUUUUUUCUUUAUUAAAUUCUAAUUGUUCUUUUGUUAAGAAGAAAAAAAAAAAAGGAAGGAAAAUAAAUUAUUUUUUGUUAUUUAUUUGAUAAUUAAAUGUAAAUAAGAUUAUACAAUUGCUUGUUUAGAAUCCAAAUAUCAUACUCUUGUCAAAAAUCAUUAAAAUUAUAACCAACUCACGUACAUCAGAUUAUAGAAAGAAGAAAUCCAUAACUGAAUCUACUAUACGUUACUAGUAUUUUUGUUUUGUUAUUUAUUGUUUUAUUGGCGUAGUAUCAUUUUAACAUUAAGUAAAAAUAUUUUAAAAAAUAAAAAACACGAAGGAAAUUUUUAAGACUUAAUUAUGACGAGAAUAUAAAUAACCGUAUCACAACUACUGCGACAGUAAGAAAAAUAAUAACAUUAAAUAUUCAUUUUUUUUAUAAAAAUACCUACAAAGUCGCUAAACUUUAAAAUUUAAUUUACUAAUGCUAUAUAUAUAUAUGUUUCUAUUUAUAUCAGACUGAUUAAAAAAAAUUGAUUUUUUUUUAUUUUUCGAGGACACACUUUCAAAAGUUUCAGUAGUGUAACAAAAGACGCCUGUUAAAAUUUGAACCAUUAAUUCGAUAUUAAGUACUUCUUGAUUGAGAUUUUUCAGUUACUUCUGAAUUUUAUGGCUCAUCAACGAAGCAAUGUACAAAGUUUCCCAUUACACAUUUUGUACAGAACUUAAAGCUCUAAGAAAAAAAUGUGUUCGAUGAUUUUUUGAUAACUUAAUUCCUGAAAAAGUUAUUCAAGAUUUAAGUUGAAAUAAUUUCAAAAUAUGCCUUUCUUUUUU